AUGGCGCCGCUCCUGGGCCGCAAGCCCUUCCCGCUGGUGAAGCCGCUUCCCGGCGAAGAGCCGCUCUUCACCAUCGCGCACACUCAGGAGGCCUUCCGCACCCGGGAAGAAUAUGAAGCCCGCUUGGAAAGAUACAGUGAGCGCAUUUGGACAUGUAAGAGUACCGGAAGUAGUCAGCUAACACAUAAGGAGGCCUGGGAGGAAGAACAGGAAGUUGCUGAACUUUUGAAGGAAGAGUUUCCUGCCUGGUAUGAGAAACUUGUUCUGGAAAUGGUUCACCAUAAUACAGCCUCCUUAGAGAAGUUAGUAGAUACUGCUUGGUUGGAGAUCAUGACCAAAUAUGCUGUGGGAGAAGAGUGUGACUUUGAGGUUGGGAAAGAAAAAAUGCUCAAGGUAAGGAUUGUGAAGAUUCAUCCUUUGGAGAAAGUGGACGAAGAAGCCACUGAAAAGAAACCUGAUGGUGCUUGUGAUUCUCCCUCAAGUGACAAAGAGAAUUCUAGCCAAAUUGCUCAGGAGCACCAGAAGAAGGAGACAGUUGUAAAAGAGGAUGAAGGAAGGAGAGAGAAUAUUAAUGACAGAGCACGUAGAUCUCCACGAAAACUCCCUACUUCAUUAAAGAAAGGAGAAAGGAAAUGGGUUCCUCCAAAAUUUCUGCCUCACAAAUAUGAUGUGAAACUACAAAAUGAAGAUAAGAUCAUCAGUAAUGUGCCAGCAGACAGCUUGAUUCGUACAGAACGCCCACCAAAUAAGGAGAUACUUCGAUACUUUAUACGGCAUAAUGCCUUACGGGCUGGCACUGGUGAAAAUGCACCUUGGGUGGUAGAAGAUGAAUUGGUGAAGAAAUAUUCCCUACCUAGCAAGUUCAGUGACUUUUUACUUGAUCCAUACAAGUAUAUGACUCUCAACCCUUCUACUAAGAGGAAGAAUACUGGAUCCCCAGACAGGAAGCCCUCAAAGAAAUCCAAGACAGAUAACUCUUCCUUGAGUUCACCACUAAAUCCUAAGUUAUGGUGUCAUGUACACUUGAAGAAAUCCUUGAAUGGCUCACCACUCAAGGUGAAGAACUCAAAGAAUUCCAAAUCUCCAGAAGAACAUCUGGAAGAAGUGAUGAAGAUGAUGUCAACCAACAAAUUACAUGCUAACUUUCACAUUCCUAAGAAAGGCCCAUCUGCCAAGAAACCAGGGAAGCAUAAUGACAAACCUUUGAAAACAAAGGGCAGAAGCAAAGGCAUCCUGAAUGGACAGAAAUCCACAGGAAAUUCCAGAUCUCCGAAAAAGGGCCUGAAGACUCCUAAAACCAAAAUGAAGCAGAUGACUUUGUUGGAUAUGGCCAAAGGCACUCAGAAGAUGACACGAGCCCCCCGGAAUUCUGGGGGUACACCCAGGUCCUCUAGUAAACCUCAUAAGCAUCUGCCUCCCGCUGCCCUGCACCUUAUUGCCUACUACAAAGAAAACAAAGACAGGGAGGACAAGAAGACUGCCCUGUCUUGUGUUAUCUCUAAGACAGCUCGUCUCCUUUCUAAUGAAGAUAGAGCACGUCUCCCAGAAGAAUUGCGGAAUAUUGUUCAAAAACGCUUUGAGCUUCUAGAGCACAAAAAAAGGUGGGCCUCUAUGUCUGAAGAGCAACGCAAAGACUAUUUGAAAAAGAAACGAGAGGAGUUGAGAGAAAAGUUGAAGGAGAAAGCCAAAGAGCGUAGAGAGAAAGAAAUGCUUGAGAAACUAGAAAAACAGAAACGAUACGAGGACCAAGAAUUACCAGGCAAACAUCUUCCAGCAUUUAGAUUGGUGGAUACCCCUGAAGGGCUGCCCAACACACUCUUUGGAGAUGUGGCCAUGGUGGUGGAAUUUUUGAGCUGUUAUUCUGGACUACUCUUACCAGAUGCUCAGUAUCCUAUUACUGCUGUGUCCCUUAUGGAAGCCUUGAGUGCAGAAAAAGGUGGCUUUUUAUACCUGAAUAGAGUCUUGGUCAUCCUUUUACAGACUUUAUUACAAGAUGAAAUAGCAGAAGACUAUGGUGAGCUGGGAAUGAAGCUUUCAGAAAUCCCCCUGACUCUGCAUUCUGUUUCAGAGCUGGUGCGGCUCUGCUUGCGCAAGUCUGAUGUUCAGGAAGAAAGUGAGGGCUCAGACACAGAUGACAAUAAAGAUUCAGCACCAUUUGAGGACAAUGAAGUGCAAGAUGAGUUCUUAGAGAAGCUGGAAACCUCUGAAUUUUUUGAGCUAACAUCAGAAGAGAAGCUACAGAUCUUGGCAGCACUCUGCCACCGGAUUCUCAUGACAUAUUCAGUGCAAGACCACAUGGAAACAAGACAGCAGAUGUCUGCAGAGUUGUGGAAGGAACGGCUUGCUGUAUUAAAGGAAGAAAAUGAUAAGAAGAGAGCUGAGAAACAGAAACGGAAAGAAAUGGAAGCCAGAAAUAAAGAAAAUGGAAAAGAGGAGAAUGGGUUAGGCAAAAUCGAUAGGAAAAAAGUUGUGAAGUUUGAGCCCCAGGUAGAUACAGAAGCUGUUGACAUUAUUAGUACUGUGAAGAGCAGACGGCUGCUGGCCAUUCAGGCCAAAAAGGAGCGGGAAAUCCAGGAGAGAGAAAUGAAAGUGAGACUAGAACGAGAAGCUGAAGAAGAACGAAUACGAAAACACAAAGCAGCUGCUGAGAAGGCAUUCCAGGAGGGAAUUGCCAAGGCAAAAUUAGUCAUGCGUAGGACUCCUAUUGGUACAGAUCGGAACCAUAAUAGAUACUGGCUCUUCUCAGAUGAAGUUCCAGGAUUGUUCAUUGAAAAAGGCUGGGUACAUGACAGCAUUGACUACCGAUUCAGACAUCAUCGCAAAGACCAUGCUGACUCACCUGAUGAGGAUUACUGUCCCCGGAAUAAGAAAGCAAAUCUAGGCAAAAAUACAAGCGUGAACACACAACAUGGAACAGCAACAGAAAUUGCUGUAGAGACCACCAUACCCAAACAAGGACAGAAUCUAUGGUUUUUAUGUGAUAGUCAGAAGGAACUGGAUGAGUUGUUAAAUUGCCUUCACCCUCAGGGAAUAAGAGAAAGUCAGCUUAAAGAAAGACUAGAGAAGAGGUACCAGGACAUUGUUCACUCUAUUCACCUGGCCCGGAAGCCAAAUUUGGGCCUAAAAUCCUGUGAUGGCAACCAGGAGCUCUUAAACUUUCUUCGUAGUGAUCUCAUUGAAGUUGCAACAAGAUUACAAAAGGGAGGUCUUGGUUAUGUGGAAGAAACAUCGGAAUUUGAAGCACGAGUGAUCUCUUUGGAGAAACUGAAGGAUUUUGGUGAGUGUGUAAUUGCCCUUCAAGCCAGUGUCAUAAAGAAAUUUCUUCAAGGCUUCAUGGCUCCCAAGCAAAAGAGAAGAAAACUCCAGAGUGAAGAUUCAUCAAAAACUGAAGAGGUGGAUGAAGAGAAAAAAAUGGCAGAGGAAGCAAAGGUUGCAUCUGCUCUGGAAAAAUGGAAGACAGCCAUCCGUGAAGCUCAGACCUUUUCCAGAAUGCAUGUUCUACUUGGGAUGCUUGAUGCCUGUAUUAAGUGGGAUAUGUCAGCAGAAAAUGCUAGGUGCAAAGUUUGUCGAAAGAAAGGUGAGGAUGACAAACUGAUCUUGUGUGAUGAGUGUAAUAAAGCCUUCCACCUGUUUUGUCUGAGGCCGGCCCUCUAUGAAGUACCAGAUGGUGAGUGGCAAUGCCCAGCUUGCCAGCCUGCUACUGCCAGGCGCAACUCUCGUGGCAGGAAUUAUACUGAAGAGUCUGCCUCUGAGGACAGCCAAGAUAAUGAGAGCAGUGAAGAGGAAGAGGAGGAGGAGGAGGAAGAGGAAGAGGAAGAUUAUGAGGUGGCUGGUUUGCGAUUGAGACCUCGAAAGACUGUCCGGGGCAAGCCGGGUGUCAUCCCCCCUGUGGCAAGGCAAGGCCGACGACCUGCUAAGAAGCCACAUCCUAUCACCAGGAGGUCUCAGCCAAAGGCACCACCUGUAGAUGAUACUGAGGUUGAUGAGCUGGUGCUUCAGACCAAACGGAGCUCCCGGAGGCAAAGCCUGGAGUUGCAGAAGUGUGAAGAGAUCCUCAACAAGAUUGUGAAGUACCGCUCCAGCUGGCCCUUCCGAGAGCCUGUGACCAGAGAUGAGGCUGAGGACUACUAUGAUGUGAUCACCCACCCCAUGGAUUUCCAGACAAUGCAGAACAAAUGUUCCUGUGGGAGCUACCGCUCUGUGCAAGAGUUUCUUACCGACAUGAAGCAGGUGUUUACCAACGCUGAGCUCUACAACUGCCGAGGCAGCCAUGUGCUGAACUGCAUGGUGAAGACAGAACAGUGCCUGGUGGCUUUGCUGCAUAAACACCUUCCUGGCCACCCAUAUGUCCGUAGGAAACGCAAGAAGUUUCCUGACCAGUUUACUGAAGAUGAAGGGGACAGUGAGCCAGAGGCCAUUGGACAGUCUAGGGGACGAAGACAGAAGAAAUAG